UUUGGAAACAUCUAACCUGAUGUUGUGUGCAGGUAGUGAAGGUGCAGGUGUCCAGGUGACUUCUGUUCCAGCCUCUCUGGUGCCCUACAGUCUGUCUUUCUCUGCCCGAGUGUCCUCUCCUCGUCCAGUCUCUAAAGUAGAGUCCAACUGUUCCCUGGACCCUCUCCAGUACCUCAGCACUGAUCAAACCCAGGCCACGGUCAAGUUGGCUGCAGGACACAAGUUUGACAGAGAUGUUGAACUGCUGAUUUAUUACAAAGACGCCCACCAGCCCACUGCUGUGGUGGAGGCAGGACAGGCCUCUGCUGAGGCAGGCAUUCUGAUGGGUGAUCCAGUGGUGAUGGUGAGUCUGUACCCUGAGUUCCCCCAGUCUGUGAUGUCUUCAUUGGCUUCAUGUGGAGAGUUUGUGUUCCUAAUGGAUCGAUCUGGAAGUAUGAGUAAUACUCGCAUCCGCAGUGCCAGGGAUUCUCUGCUGCUCCUGUUGAAGAGUUUACCAAUGGGCUGCUAUUUCAACAUUUACAGUUUUGGGUCCAGAUAUGAACACAUCUUCCCUAAGAGUGUGGAGUACAGCCAGCAGACCAUGAAGGAGGCUCUGAAGAAAGUUGAGCAGAUGGAGGCUAAUCUGGGAGGAACGGAGAUCCUGCAGCCCCUCAAACAUAUUUACAGCCAGCCCUGCAUUCCCAAUCAGCCUAGACAGACCCUGUGCCCAGGCCGCCACCCAGAGACCCUUUGCUGCAGUUAGUCUCCCUCCAACAGGCGUCUGGCUGCUGGCUGCUUGAUCCAGCUCUGGCUGCUGCGCUGGGAAAGACCAUCGAGGAGGUGGAAAAGUCAAAGCCUGCAAUGGUGGGGUUUUGUCAGUUUCAGUCACAAUAGAAAAGAGUUAUUAUAAAACAAAUUUCACAGCACUUAAUGUAACUAUUCAUGUAUAAUGUGAUAGAAACAAAAAAUG